UUUCUAUCAUCAAUCAUAAAACCCUAAACCCUUGCCCCAAUAAAAUCCCCAGAACUACAAUCAGUUCACAACAAUCGUUUCUUUAUUGUUAAAAUGGCAUUAUUUCGUCGCAUUUUCAGUGGAUCUUCAACGAUUCUUCAAUCACAGUUUUCUUCAAUUCGUUUGAAUUCAACACUCACAAGUCCGAAGCUUUUUGUCAGCGGGCUUUCAAGAUACACUAGUGAUGAAAACCUUAAAAAGGCAUUUGAAGAAUUUGGAUGUCUUACUGAAGCGAAAGUAAUUACUGAUAGAGCAACUGGGAGAUCAAAGGGGUUCGGAUUUGUUUCUUAUGAAACAAUAGAAGAAGCAGAAAAGGCUCGCGAAGGAAUGAAUGCCAAGUUCUUGGAUGGCUGGGUAAUUUUCGUUGACCCUGCAAAGCCAAGUAUGCCUAGAGCUCCACCGCCACCUCCACAAGAUCCACUGAAUUUUGGGAUAACAACAAAUAAGACCGUUGGUUGGACUGGUCGAUGAUGAUCAGAGACUGUCGUGCAUCUUAAUGAAAUAUUCAAUUGCAAAUUGCAAUAUCACAUAUACUAAAUAUUUGAUCGCAAUAUAGCAUUUUGUUGAACGACAUUGUAUUGUACUUGAAUAUAGUUGUUCACUUCUAAGAAUAUGUUUGAGGUGGAACUCUUUCUCUGCCAAGUGUUAAAGGAUUCUGGAUCCUCUUAACUUAACUCUUUUCCCCAAUAAUUAUGUUGUCAUAUAGGGCCAUACUUUUCAAGGGUCCAUUGGAGCCAA